AUGCCUGCUGGACGUCCUCCCAAGCGGCCAGGCGAUGAUGGCACGGCUUCGCCUUCGGAUAGUCCGUCUGGAACCGGAAAACAAAAGGCCGCUAGGGUGGGGAGAGGGAGGGGAGACUUCUCCUCGGUCGUCAAGAACAAGCUAUCUUCCUAUUCACGAACAGGACAGGCUUGUGACCGCUGCAAGGUUCGCAAGAUUCGGUGCGAUGCGCUCCCGGACGGAUGCACGAAUUGCACCCAGUUGAAUCUGGAAUGCUAUGUCACCGACAGGGUAACCGGCAGGACGGAGCGACGUGGCUAUCUCCAACAGCUGGAGCGAGAGAAGACGAGCAUGCUCACCCAUAUACGAGACCUCGAGAAGCUACUUGAAGGCAAAGGGGUCCAGGUCCGACCAUGGCAGCCCUCCUCUACCCAGGUAUCAGAGACACCUCUUGACUUGGAGGCGGAGUCGGCUUCUAAAAGUCUGUGGACACAGUCUGGGUCGUCGUGGACCAGUGACGCCAACGAUCAUGCCCGAUCAUCGAAUAAUAGCCCGCGUCCGAGCCAUCAUUUUUCAUUACCAAUACAUGGCAUGAGCACAAGCACGAGCACAAGCACGAUGGCGCCCAUCGGUAGGCAUCUGGGUGUUGCAAAGGACAUCGCACCUCUCAGCAGCAUUGACGGCACACAACUGUCCAUCCUCGGCACCAGGAUCGACAUCACCUCCUUCGGCGCCCCUGAUAUGGACGGGCCUCCUGCUGGUAUAUCCAAUGCGGCGCCUUUAUACAACAAAUCCCUCCAGUCCUUUUGCAAUUCCAUUGCCAAAGUCAACCCGUCCAGGGACGCACCACUGCCUUCUCGAUACGACGCCUUUAGAUUCUCCGACUUCUUUUUUAUAACGACAGCACCUUUCGUACCGGUGCUCCACAAACCUACGUAUAUGAAGUUGCUGUCUCGAAUAUACGACGAUCCAGACUUCACGCCAACAAAGGCGGAGCUCGUCAUCGUCCACAUGGUCCUCGCCAUUAUGUACUGGCAAUCUGCCUGUCGGAAUGGCGAGGACCCAGAUAGGAGGGCCGAGCUAAACAACCUCUCCAACAUCCACUACCACUGGAGUGUCGACAAGACGUGGGACCUUGCAGGAGAGAUGUCGCUGGCGGCAGCACAAGCCCUCGUCCUUAUGGCAACACACUGCCGCAGCUUCCCGAAACCUGGACCGGCCUAUCUCAUCGCCUCGCUAGCAUGGAACAGGGUGAUCGAGUCCAACAUGCACCGGGCGUACCUGGGCGGGCACGAGCUGACCACCUUUGAGAACGAGAUGCGGAAACGCAUCUUUUGGUCGCUCUUCGGGGUGGUAGUUUCGCUGUUUGGACGGCUGGGCAAGCCCAUGCCCAUCCGGGCCGAGGAUAUCGAUGUGGGCUUCCCCAUUGCCAUUCCUGACGAGUGCCUGACAGAUGAAGGCGGCAUCACCGACCCGGCGAGGAUCGGCGAGAGCGACUGCAUCCCCGCCCUCACCAGCUUCAGGCUGUCGUUUCUCUUCAUGGACAUGUGGAACAGUGUGUAUUCUGCGCGGCAGAGCCCCGACAGAUACGCCCACGAGCUGCGGCGGGUCGAGCAAGACUUUUGGGCCUUCCACAGGGAUCUGCGCGACCAGCUGAGGCCAGACAGGCCCGCGGCAGAGCUCUCCGUGCACGCCAAGUAUCUCGACUGUGCAUGCUACGAGUUUCUGCUCUGCCUCCGCCACCCUUCUCACUGCGCCACGAGCGACCCUGCAAUCGUUGCCGAGAACCACGAGGUCUGCGAGAUUUACUCGAGAAAGCUGUUGAGUACGGCCAGCGAGCUGGCCAGGCACAAGGCUCUGGACACUACCUGGUACCAGAUGACGGUGUACGUGGCUGCUAUCUUCACCCUGCUGGCCUCGUUGUGGAACAGGCGCACGGAGACGACCCCUGCAGACCUGGACGACCUGAAGGAGUAUAUGGACAUGGGUCUCUUUGUCGUGAAGGCGAUCCUGAAAUAUAUUGCCUCCGACGCACAGGUUCUGGACCAGAUCACAUCAGUCAUCGACCGCACAAUAGCAAGCAUCGAGCAAGAAAUGGGC